UUCAGCGUGUGGAUACAUUACAGAUGGAGAUCUGGGUUACAACUAAGAUUGAGCCCAACACCGUGUCGUGGGGCAGCAAGUUCUUCUUAUCAGCGGAUAUGAGAGCACUCAUCGGCCAUGAGUUUAUGUUUUCGCAUAUGAGAGCACUCAACGGCCAUGAGUUUAUGUUUACGCAUACUGGUUGUAGUUUCUUCAUUGAUGAGGAGAAGAAAGUCGCUGUGGUUUUCGAUAAAAGCAAAGACAGGAUGAGCACCAGCAAUGCAGCUUACAUUAUUGGAGAGGAUGGAUCCUCCUUGAAAGAAGUGGAAUUGGAUCUUGGAGAAUCUCCAAACACUUAUCUUGAACCAAUUGCGUGCUCUUAUGUUCCAAGUUCUGUGCUACUUGAAUAGUUCAUUAUUUCACGAUACCUAUCAUAAUUCACUUCUGUCUCUCAUCCUUCUUUUUGUUUGCGAUAUUUGGCUUCCUUGUGCUGCUCAAGUCCCUUCUUCUGUUGUAGUAGACUCAUAUUGCAAAAAUUUCUGUAUCUUUUCUUUCAUUUGUUAUGUUUCUGUUCUUGCAAAUUGGCAGCUCUGCUGUUGUGAUUUAUGCAAGAACAGAGUAGGCUGCGUUUAGCUUUAAAAUUUGCAAGUAGGUAUCCUUAGAUCUGUAUGGGAUCGUACUAAAUGCUUCUUCGACGACCA